UGGAAGGUAUAUAUGUUCCGCGAUUAAUUGCGUACGUAAUCGUUAAAAGUGUAUAACGAGUGCGAAUUUUUGUCGGGAGUGUUGAUUAAUGUAACGGGAAAGUGCUGGAAUGUAUUACUUUUAUCGUAUGUAUUCAAUUAACAGAGUUUCGUCAUACUGUAAAUUGUGCCGGUUCCGGAAAUCGAAACGCUACGAGAGCGCGCGGUGCACUUGUCAUUAGAUCUAACGCGCGUCAGUAUUAUUAAAUGUGUAUUCUACGUAUAGUGCGUGUUAAUUUUGGUCGGGAGUGUCGUUUAAAGUAACGGGCGAGUACCGAAAUAUAUUAUUUAUCAUAUAUGUUCACGAAAGUUUAUUAUUUUGUUCAAUAGUGCAUGUACAAAAGUGUGACUGUGUUUAGUAUUCAUCAGCAUUAUCAUUUUUUCAAUGAAACUGAUGUGAAGCAACCGAAGGCGGAAUCUGCAGCAAAUUCCAAUAUCCUAGCUGAUACAGCUGAGGGCAUAUUUGGCUAGGGUACAACAAGUAGGCGAUUCGACGAAUCAUCCAACGUGCGAGGAGUCUUCCAGUGGAAUUAGCUCCAAUAAUAACUCAGCUCGUCGACCAAUUCUAAAGACUCUGAACAUGUCACCGUUUAGAAAGUCGAUGAAUACAGUCUCUGCGGAAAAACGUCAGCUGGAAGUUCAAUACAGCUCGAAAAAGACCCGAUACGCGAAUCUAAAGAAGGCGCUCGCCGAUAAGCAAAAAAUCGCACAAGAGCUGUGUGACGAAAUGUCAAGUCUGCGGGAGAAGAUAAUCGCGGUCGGCGGCAAGGAUCCCGGCAAGAUCGAGGAGCUGAAAACAGCUCAAGUGGAAUGUCCCAAACAAAGCCCGGCGGAAUCGAUCAAGACGAGUUUGCAACACGAUUGCCCCGACGAGCAACGUAAACGGAUCUGCAUGGACGAGUCGGCGGUAAUCGGCGUGUCGCUGCUGCAGAAUCAGCUGCAGGAUCUCUGCGAUCGCUCUCAGGACCUCUCUCAGCGUGUCCUGGACAAGAGCUCGUCGUUUGCGUCCCUCGUCAAGUCCUGGCUGACAGAAUUUAACCAGCAGAACGAGAAUAUCUUGAUUCCGAUGGACUUCACGAAGGCGGAGGCGCAGCUGGCGACUUUCGGACAAAACAACGAGGAGCUGAGAACGCAGCUGGAUGAGCUGAGGACGGCGCAAAAGGACUUUGUCGCCGAAUUCACGAAGAGAUCCUCGAGUCUGCGCGACGAAUAUGACAAUUAUCACGAGCGCGUAAAGGAGGAACAGCCGAAUGUCGAUCGUAAGGACCUGCAGGAGCAGUUGAGCGUGGCUCUGGGGGAACUUAAGAUGGAGCGUAACAAGGCGAAUCAGUGGAAGGAAGGGACGAGAAUACUGGAGCGGCAGAUGCAAAAGGCGCAGAUGAAGAUUCGAGACAUGGAGUUAUUCGCGACUAACGCCGAGGCGUCGUCGCUACAAUUGCAGAACUCCGUGAAGUCCUUGCAAGCUCAGCUCAAGCAAAAAGAUCAGAUGAUGGAGCAGAGAAUGAAGGAUAUGCACAAGGCGAUGAAGAGCAGCGAGGGACUCUUGGCGAAGAUAGAAAAGCAGCGCGACAGCUUCGAGUCACGGAUAGUGGAUCUUAAAGAAAAGAUGGCUCGUAAAGAAGCCGAAGCAAAUGCUACUAUUAAAAAGCUAUCGGAAAAGUUUGAAACGAUCAACGUGGAGAUAAACGAAGAGAGAGAGAAAAGACAACAAGUCGAAAGCGCUUUCACCGAGAUGGAAGAACGCUGCAAACACCUGGAAGAAAAAAGUCAGCUACUCUGCGAUCUCGCGAACGAGAAGAGUAAUAAUCUAGCUGUGACAGACGACAAUCAUACGGAGAACGAGAUUUGCCUGUAUAACGAUUUGAAAGCGACCCGAGCCGAGCUGGAAAAGCACAAGCAGAAGAUCGAACAACUCGAGCAGGAGAAACAAGAGAUUGUCGCUGUGAUGCAUCAGGCGGCUAGUCGCGAUAACGAAGACGAGACCAAGGAUAAGCUGGCGGCCGAACUCGUAGCUAAGACUAAUAAUCUCCAGAACCUGAUGUUGGAGCACGCCCAACUCCAGAAGGUUGCUAGAUUCACGCAAGAGAAAAAUGAAAUGCUAGAGAAUCGGUUGUCCGAAAUUCAGCGUCACCUUCACGCGAAGUCGAAAGAAAAUAGCAAGACAGCUCCCGACACGAUCGAGCUUCAACAGCAAAUCAGCGAUCUGCGGAACAGCCUGGCCGAAACGAUGCAACAAAACCAGUCACUGGAAACCACGUUGACCCAGAAGCAAUUAGAACUAGAGCAGCGCGACCGGGUGAUGCGGGAACAGAGCAAGUUCCUUAAAGCUAGAGACGAGCUGCUGAACCUUUUCAAGGGAAAACAGCAGGCGAACGCGGAUAAUUCCGCAAACUACGAAGAUAUUGACGAAAUCAAUAAGCAGAUCGUGGCGAAGACAGAAGCAAUCCAGGAACUAUACACCACACUGGAAAACAAGCAAAUGCAGGUGAUGCGUUUGGAGAAAUUGGUGAAAAUGCUGGAAGAUCAGCAGGAUCGGGCACAGGCGCAACGCACGCGGCUCGAGCAUCGCAUCGCUCAGCUCGAGGUGAGCUUGCGAGAGAAGAACAAGAGCGACAGCAAUCGGAGUAGAACCUUCGGCAUCCUGUAAGAAACUCUGUAAUUGUCGGCACAGCCCAUAUAAGUAUCGAUUUGGAACGUACAAUGGAUUUAAUAUAAAUUAUUUGCAUAUACCUUUGCUUUAAAAACAUAUUUAAAAUUAAAUAUAAAGUUUCGAG